UUCAUGCUAAACUUUAAAUACCUCUGCACAGCACAGACCUAAUAAAGUCAGAAGGCUUUCUCUAUACUGCAGUUUGAGUAUUGCUAGCUUUAAAGCCUGGACAGAAAGAUUUGCAAAAUGAAUGGAGACCCUUUUCAGGGACAGUGUUGGCUACCCAAUGAAAGACAGAAUCUCUUGUUGCUAUUAGAGACUAUGUACAUUGAAGAAAACACAUAUAAAAAUGAUAUGAUCUCUUUGAUUUUCUCUCUGAAAGAAAAGGUUGGGGCAUUGGCUAAAGUUCUGCGCAUAUUUGAGGAAAGAAGUAUAAACCUGACUCAUAUUGAGUCCAGGCCUUCCCGAGUCAACAAAGAUGAGUAUGAAUUCUUCAUAAACUUGGACGGCAAGAACACCUCUGCUCUCACGGAGAUAAUCAAGACAUUGAGAAACGAAAUUGGAGCAACUGUUCACGAGCUUUCACGUAAAAAGAAGAAGGACGCUGUGCCAUGGUUCCCAAGAACCAUCCAGGAGCUCGACAGAUUUGCCAAUCAGAUCCUAAGCUAUGGAGCUGAACUGGAUGCAGACCACCCUGGUUUCAAAGAUCCUGUUUACCGGGCCCGGAGAAAGGAGUUUGCAGACAUCGCCUACAACUACAGACACGGGCAGCCUAUUCCUAAAAUGACUUACACCGAGGAAGAAAAGAAAACAUGGGGCACAGUCUUCAGGGAGCUGAAGACUCUCUAUCCAACUCACGCUUGCUAUGAACACAACCACGUGUUCCCGCUACUGGAAAAAUACUGUGGCUACCAGGAGGAUAAUAUUCCCCAACUGGAAGACAUUUCAAAUUUCUUGCAAAGCUGCACUGGAUUCCGCUUACGCCCUGUUGCUGGUCUGCUGUCUUCUCGGGAUUUCCUGGCUGGUUUGGCAUUCCGAGUGUUUCACUCUACACAGUACAUCCGCCAUGCAUCUCGACCAAUGUACACCCCAGAACCUGAUGUUUGCCAUGAGCUCCUAGGACAUGUGCCUCUGUUUGCUGACCUUAGCUUUGCUCAGUUUUCCCAGGAAAUUGGACUUGCAUCCCUGGGAGCGCCAGAUGAAUAUGUUGAGAAACUUGCUACGGUGUAUUGGUUUACAGUGGAAUUUGGACUCUGUAAAGAAGGGGAUUCAAUAAAGGCCUAUGGUGCUGGGCUGCUGUCUUCAUUUGGAGAGUUGCAGGUUUGUUCUCAACAUCAUCCUGAAAUUGUCCCCCUUAACCUGGAGAAGACUGCAGUGCAGAAAUACUCUGUCACGGAGUUCCAGCCUGUUUACUAUGUUGCUGAAAGUUUUAAAAAUGCAAAGGAAAAAGUAAGGAAAUUUGCUGCAACAAUCCCUCGACCUUUCUCUGUUCACUACAAUCCAUACACCCAGAGAAUUGAGGUCUUGGACAAUGCAAAGCAGUUGAAGAACUUAGCUGAAUCCAUCAGCAGUGAGAUGGGAACUCUUUGUAGUGCCCUCAAGAAGAUCAAGUGAAGGUUUUCUCAGAAUCCUCUCUUCCAAGAGUGACUUACUGAAGUGACUCUGUGCAAAAGCCAAAUAUGUUCUAGCUAUUUUACAUGAUCACUUUGUUGCAUGUUUAUGAUACACACGCAUGUGCACACACAUAUAUUACUUAAUUACUGUAACUUAGCAACAAAGGAGGCUGCUGUGGGUGUCCCUGUGUUCCCUCUGGUUACAGAUCAUUAGUCUGUUUAAAAUUCAUCCCAGCCCUGGGUAAGACUAUCCAUGGCACAUCUUUUUUGCCUGAAUCCUGGAGACUAGCAGAGGGAGAAAUCCUUCUCCACUCACCAAAGUGUGGAGUUUCUGCUCUCCUGGAACCUGGCCCACCAACAGGGGAAGGGAGGGAAGGAGACAAUUGCCCCAGGACGUGCAAUUCAAAGGGCCCCAAGGCUCCUGGCCACCACUGCUGCUUUUGUCACAGCAAUGGCAGCUGGAGCCCCAGGGCCUUGAAAUUGCCUCUGGAGCACCGCUCCACAUGCCCCUUGAGGUUCUGAGAGCUGGACGGGGGAGGCCCAGCACUGCUGAAGACUGGAUGCCCCUCCUCCACCCCUUCCGCCUGAGGCCCCACCCUUUCUGGGAGCAUGGAGCUGCCUCCCCCCACACCUUGCCCAGGGGCCCACAGAGGCUGUUGGCUCCCCUGCCUGGGACUGCAUUGCUCUCAUGUCCCAGUGAUGAGGUGGCAAUGGCUAGCAGCAGAUUCAUUUGCCCUGCCCCAUCCCUCCUACGUUCCCAUCCUCCACAGCCUGCAGCCAGGCAGGGCUCCCCUGGAGAGCUAAGCUCUGCAUCUCUAGCUAGUACACAGGCUGUGCAUGUCCUCCUAAACCUUGUCCCCUACAUUGCAGAGCUGCACCUCUUCCACUACGAAUCGGGACCUCUGGAUGGAAAAAAAGCCAUGGUUUGCCGCCUUAAUAUGGGGCUUAAGUACAUUGUGUGGGCUCUCUGCACUGGGGUGAAUUUUGCUGUAAAAGUUUUUGUUCUGCAAAAGUGACUUCAAUUUUACUCAGAGUGGAUGCUCAGAUUUUACUAAUGGAAAAUGUUUUCCAUAUGUUUCUGACUCAUCGGUGAAGACUUUUCCUUCGGUGUUAAACUGUUAUGUUCAUACCAUGUGCAAUGUGUUUCCCCAGCUCAUAGUCCAAGGGAUUAAAUUUUCUAGGUCACA